UCAUUCACAGACAGCUGUACAGAGGGUCAUUCAUGACGCAACGUGUGUACGUGGCAGCGAAUUUGAGACAUUAAGUUCUCAAGGAACAUUGAAGACUCUUUGUAAGUCAUUUCUGCCCUUGUCUUCAAACUACAAGCGUCAGGGUUACAGCGUCCUGGUCAAGAUGAUUCUCUUCGUUUUAGCUGUGUGUGCCAUUAACGCGCUUGUCGUACAUGUUAGCGCAGAUUCCGAUACUAUGGUAACCAGCAAGGCAUAUCUCGACAUCAGUAUCGGCAAGGAACCCAAAGGAAGAAUUGUCAUAGGGCUGUUUGGGAACACGGUCCCUAAAACCGUCAAGAACUUUAAGGCUCUGGCUUCACAUGAGCUUGGUUAUGGUUACAAAGGCGCUAUUUUCCAUCGUGUGAUCAAGGAUUUCAUGAUACAAGGAGGAGACUUCAGUGCAAAUGGUGAUGGAUCUGGAUCCAAGAGUAUCUAUGGCAAGUACUUUGAUGACGAGAAUUUUAUCCUGAAGCAUUAUGGGCCAGGCUGGGUGUGCAUGGCAAACGCUGGAAAGGACACGAACGGCUCACAGUUUUACAUUACAACUACCAAGACUUCAUGGCUGGAUGGCAAGCACACCUGUUUUGGAAAGAUUUUGGAAGGAAUGAAAAUCGUCAACGACAUUGAAGGACUAGAGACUGACAAAAAUGACCGCCCUAAACAAUUGGUAGUUAUCACUGAUUCUGGUCUCGUGCAAGGUGUUCACUGGUCGUAUGAAGUUCCUAAGACCGGCGUUUAUGUUUAGUGCUCCUCUGUUAUAACUUUCCUUAAAAACUGCAGAGUUUUAUCCUAUACCUAGCUGACUGCUUAACGAAAAAGUUGGAUGUCAUACAAGUUUUAAGAUAAAAGACCUUGGUAUUGAAACCCUGGUUUUACUUUGCCGUAUUCCUUUGUAUUCCAAUGCUCUGUGUCUGAAGUAAUAAAUAAAAGAACAUCCUGUACAAGUUA